AUGACGAGACCUCGAGGUUAUUCGGGCACCAGCGAGGAUAGCACGGGCGCGGCCCGAGAGCAGGAGCUGGGGAGCAUGUACGAUUACCUGGCAAAGAUUAUUUUGCUCGGUCCCAGCGGCGCCGGCAAGUCUUGCCUGUUGCAUCGCUUCGUCAAGAACGAGUGGCGUGUCCUGUCCUCGCAAACCAUUGGCGUCGAGUUUGCAAGCAAAAUCAUCAAGGUUGGCACAGGAGCACGGAGGAAACGUAUCAAGCUUCAGCUAUGGGAUACUGCGGGCACGGAACGGUUUCGAUCAGUAUCACGAUCAUACUAUCGCGGAGCGGCCGGUGCGAUUCUCGUGUACGACAUCACCUCGCAUGCGUCCUUCCGCGGCAUCCAGCCUUUUCUCAACGACGCGCGGGCGCUGGCAUCCCCAAAUCUGAGCCUGAUACUGGUUGGCAACAAGCUCGACUUGGCGUCGGACUCUUUGGUAGACACCAGCCUACACCCGCCGACACCGAGCAGUGUCGGUUCCCACUCGACCAUCACGGCGGCGACGGCAGCCAGUUCGCUGUCGCUGUCCACCUCGAAUACAACCACGACAGGGACCCUGUACGGAAGGGAGCGGUGCAGCUCCAUCAUGGCCGCCAACCAUGAAAGAGCAACUGUCGCUCCCGACGGCCGGGAAACCAGCACCGUGGAGGUGACGCGAUGGGCCAGCACAGCAGGAAUCUCGGUGGUGACCGAAGUCAGCGCCCUGAACGGGGAAGGGGUAGAUGAGAUUUUCAACCGCCUCGCGCGCAUCAUUCUGACCAAGAUUGAGCUGGGAGACAUUGACCCGGAUGACCCCAUGAGCGGCAUUCAGUACGGCGACGGCGGCGGGUGGCUCACGGCCAGUGAUGGCGGCAGCAUUAAAAGUUCCAUGACUGGGGCCACCGUGGACGACAAUUUAGCCGGCAUUCGACGACGCAGGCGCGGGAGGGGUAGGAACCAGAACUGGGGCAUCAGGGAAUGGGAGGAAGUAUUUACGUUGAGCAGCCGCAGCAGAAGAGGUGGGGGAUGCUGCUGA